AUGAUACUCCCUCAUGUCCCGCUCAUGCUACGGGUAGCCCUCUUCUAUAUCCUACGUCGUUCGGAACAGUCUAAGUACGUAGACCUACGCACUGAGCUCAUCGUCGCCGUUCUACGGGCCUACAUGAACCCUUCUCAGCCCCAGAGUAUCACAUCGAUACAAAAGAUGGACUUAUUUGGCGCCGCCGGUCCCCCCAAAGGCAGGAUCUGGGUGAGCACCUACAGAUGCCCGCCUCCGCCGGCUGGCGAUAGAGUCCUACAGGAUGCCAUCACCAAGGCCAUCGAUGGGAUCUGGAACCCCAAGACGCCCAAGGCCGCAUACCAGCUGCCCGAUCCGGAACCUAUCGAGGGCGAGUGGACUGGGUACCGUCCCUGCGCGACGUCCGACUCACCCCUGCCAGAGCUUUCGCAGAGGGAGCUCUAUACCGAAAUGAUGAAGGACGUCAAGAGUCCCGUGACGAUCCUCUACUUCCACGGCGGCGCCUACUGCUCUUUGGACCCAGCAACUCACCGCCCGACAGUGAAGAAGCUGGCUAAGCUGACAGGCGGGAGAGUGUACAACGUGCGGUACCGCCUCGCGCCGCAACACCCCUUUCCCGCGGCCCUGAUGGAUGCGCUGAUGUCGUAUCUCGCGCUAUUGUAUCCGCCCGAGGGAGCCUUCCACGAACCAGUCAAGCCAGAGCACAUAGUCUUCGCCGGCGACAGCGCGGGUGGUAAUCUCGCGCUGGCCCUCCUCCAACUGAUCCUCCACCUCUCCCGAGCAAACCACGUCAUCCCCUUACCGGACGGCUCCCACCGCCCGAUCCCCCUUCCCGGCGGCGUGGCCGUGAACUCGCCGUGGCUGGACGUGACGCACUCAUCUCCCUCGUGCACGGCCAACGCGGCCUUCGACUACCUGCCCACACCAGCCCAGCAGCACGAGGCGGCGCUCAAGCGGCCGCGCUGCGCGGCGUGGCCCGCGGACCCGCCCCGCAAGAACAUCUACGUCGCGGACGCACUGGUCUCCCACCCUCUGGUGACGCUGCUCCUGGCCCCGUCGUGGCGCGGCGCGCCCCCGGUCUACCUGUGCACGGGCUGGGAGCUGCUCGCCGACGAAGACCGCCACGCGGCGCGGUGCAUGUGGCGCGACGGCGUGCGCGUCGUCUUUGAGGAGUACGAGGCCAUGCCCCACUGCUUCGGCCUGGCGCUCCCCUACCUCAAGGAGACGAGGCGCUGCCUGGACGCGUGGGCCGGCUUCAUCAAGAGCGUGGCGGAAUCCGGGCCCCAAGGCGUCGCCGACGAGGGCGGGAGCAGGUUCGUCAGGAUCAGAGCCAAGACUUUGGAGGAGGAGCGGAUCGAACCCGCCGAGCUUUGUGCCGAGGAUGAGCAGGCCGUGGAGGAGAGGUUUUUGCGGAACAUGAACGGUGGCUUGAGCACCGACGUGGGGAUUGCCAAGCUGUGA